GGUCAACCUGUCGACUGUCGCGCUAUCGGCAAAACACGCGCCGACGCUUUUUCCUCCACCGCCAUAAAACAAUUCCACGAUAAUCCCCAAUAGCCACAACACCGCCAUGUCCGGCCCGUCCAAGCCCGCGCCCGCGGGCGGCGGCGCCGCAAUGUCGCUCUACGCAAAUCUCCUCGACCCCAAAGCCGCCGACCCGGCAUCGGCCCCGCGCCCGGCCGGUGAGAAAGGCGCGGGCGGCGGCGCUGCCGUCAAAAAGCCCAUGCUGGAUCCAGCCACCCUCCGCCUCCAGCCCAUGCGAAGGCCACAGCCCGCGCAAAAGCUGAAGCCAAAAACCUCGGUCGUGUUCCCCAAGGCCGCCCCGCCCGUCGCUGCCGCUCCCGCCGCCGCCACCUCCUCCUCCUCCUCGACCACGACCGCUGCCCCCGGAGCACCGCCAACCGCAGCUCCGCCAGCAGCACCAGACGCGAACGCGCCGGCGGCAGCCGCAGAGCCGCCGGCGCGGAGCAGCCUGGCCGACUGGGCGGCGACGGAGGAAGACGAGUACAUGUACGGCACGGGCGACAAGCGCCAGCGCGGCGGCCGCAAGGCCAAGAAGAACAAGAACCGCGACGGCGGCAGUGGCCUUGAGACGAACUGGGACGACCUGUACGACCCGUCGCGCCCCACCAACAUCGAGGAGUACCUGCGCAGCGACGAGCGCAUCGCCGAGAUACGCGAGUGGAAGGCCGUGCUGAACGCGCACCGGGUGCGCAGGCAGAGGAGGGGCCGGAGCAGCCCCGCUAGCAGCGACGCCGACGAGGAGACGAGCCGUGGCAACGCCGCGGCCCAGCAGUCGAGCCAGUUCGCCCCACCUCCAUCUUACUCCUUCGCUCCGCCUCCACCGUCGCCUCCUCGGCGCAACGUCUCGCAGGAGGCAGAGCAUGAUACGAUACGGCCCUCAGCCUCGUCGGCCCCUCCGCCACCUGACGACGCGACAGGCGAUGAUGCCUACGCCCGCCGCAUGGCACUCUCUACCGGCGGCGCCCAAGCCCCUCGCUCCGCCAGUCCGGCGCUCGCGGCGGCUUCUGCGCCGAGCAACCCCGCCGCCGCAACCAUAUCCCGCGCCCCCGUGCGCUACGACACAGCAGCAGCGCCGGACGACGAGAUGGAUGUGGAUCAAGGCGGCGGUCACGACGGCGGCGAUGAUGACGACGGCGACCAGCCCACGGCCGGCCUGGGCGCCGGAGACCAGCAGCAGCGAUCCAGCCGGCCGGGCAAGUCCGGGUUCGCGGCGCGCAUGAUGGAGAAAAUGGGCUGGGAGAAGGGCCGCGGGCUGGGCGCCGAGGGCAACGAGGGCAUCACCAAGGGCCUGUCGGUCAAGCUCGAGAAGCGCCGGCGCCUGCCCGACGCCGAGGGCGGCGGCUUCGCCCAGCCGGGCGGCGUGGCCCGCAUCGUCGGCGGGAAGCCCGCCCCCGGCGGAUCCGGCGCCGGCCAGGAGGGCAGGUUCGGCCGCAUGAGCGAGGUCGUCGUCCUGCGCGGCAUGCUCGAGGGCAUGCACGACGUCGCGGCCGAGGUCGAAAAGGGCCUGUCGCAGGAGAUUGGGGAGGAGUGCGGAGAAAAGUAUGGCCGUCUCGAGAGAGUAUACAUCCACGUCGAGACGAAGCAAGUGUUUAUCAAGUUUACGGAUCAGGUUUCGGCUCUUCGGGCCGUAAACGCCCUCCAAGGUCGCGUCUUCAACGGUAACGCCAUCGUACCCGCGUUUUACGACGCCGAGAAAUUUGAGGCGGGAGUUUAUCAGUAAACACGCCGUGCUGGGUGCUCGUGACAGAGAUGGGGCAAGAAUUAGGAUACAAAAAAAAUCACAACUGACUGCCACUACAACUCUCAAAACAUCUUGGCUCUUCAUCGGAUAGCUAAGCGUAAACGUACCCGUGCCUACCAAGAGGCGCCGAAUAUCUCGUCAGCACUCAAAUCUCACGAGCAC